CGAACCCCUUGCAGGGCGUGAAGGAGUUCAAGUGCGAGGUGUGCGGGCGGGAGUUCACGCUGCAGGCCAACAUGAAGCGGCACAUGCUGAUCCACACCAGCGUCCGUCCCUACCAGUGCCACAUCUGCUUCAAGACCUUUGUGCAGAAGCAGACGCUCAAGACCCACAUGAUUGUGCACUCACCGGUGAAGCCAUUCAAAUGCAAGGUCUGCGGGAAGUCCUUCAACCGCAUGUACAACCUGCUGGGCCACAUGCACCUGCACGCGGGGAGCAAGCCCUUCAAGUGUCCCUACUGCUCCAGCAAGUUCAACCUGAAGGGCAACCUGAGCCGGCACAUGAAGGUCAAGCAUGGGGUGAUGGACAUCAGCCUGGACAGUCAAGAUCCCAUGAUGGACCUGGCUGGGGCUGAGCACGCCGAGCUGGACGGGCAGCAGGAGAUGGACGACUUCGAGGAGGAGAACUCUUACGGCUAUGGGGGGGUGGGCAACCCUCCGGAUGAGCACGCCCUGACCGAGCAGGCCAUGAAGGAGAUGGCGUACUACAACAUGUUGUAGCCGAGGCUGGAGGAGGCUGCUGGGGGCCUGCGUGG